AUGCGCUACGCAGUGCUCGUCACAGGACCCGCAGGUGCGGGCAAGUCAACGUUCUGCGCGGGCCUCAUCACACAUGCCCAGACCCUCGGACGCCAGGUCCACCUCGUCAACCUCGACCCAGCCGCCGAGCGCUUCGAGUACCAGCCCGUCCUCGACAUUCGCGACCUGAUCAGCCUCAACGAUGUCAUGGAGGAGCUCGAGUUUGGACCCAACGGUGGUCUCGUGUACUGCUUUGAGUACCUGUUGAACAACCUCGACUGGCUCGAGGACGCGCUGGGUGACUUUGAGGACGAGUACCUCAUCAUCGACUGCCCCGGCCAGAUCGAGCUGUACACCCACAUCCCCCUCCUCCCCCAACUCGCCCAGUUCCUCCAGACUCGCCUCGGAUUCCGCACGUCGGCAGUCUACCUCGUCGAGUCGCAGUUCAUGCAGGACAAGGCCAAGUUCUUCGCCGGUGUCCUCUCGGCCAUGUCGUGCAUGCUGUCUCUCGGCAUCUCGAUGCUCUGUCUUAUGAGCAAGAUGGACCUCGUCAAGGAUGACAAGGGCCGCAUCCGUCGUGAGGUGGGACGAUACCUCGACCCAGACCCGACACUCUUGCUCGACGACGUCAACUCGCAGACCAACCAAAAGUUCCACAACUUGAACAAGGCCGUUGUAGGCUUGAUAGAGGACCAGAACAUUGUGUCCUUCCUCCCGCUCGACGUCACCAACGAGGACUCGGUCAACACUGUGCUGAGCCACAUUGACAACAUGAUGCAGUAUGGCGAGGACGAGGAGCCAAAGGUGCCAAAGGAUAUGGACGAGGGCGACUUUGACGAGUAG